ACUUCUUUCUUUUUUUAAUGUCGACUCUCCUCUGAAAAAGAUUGCUGCAGCCACCCACUAAGUCGGUUAGCAGGUCUCUGUGAGAGAGACAAGGCGGUGAUGCGAAGUCCCCACUCUUUCCUUCUCGUACAAAAUUUCCUCUUCCUUCCCGUUCGUGGUUGUAUGUCGGCUCUUUAAUAACACAAGUAACCACCACAUCUUUACGCAGAAUACAAACUAUUCGUGCCCAGUGUGCGUGCACCGGGAUAUCUAAAACAAAAGCUAUUUCAAUAUUUUUUUACAUUUAAGUAGGAUUCAAACUAUUUUUGAGUAUACAUAGUCCUAUGUAAAAUCGUGCUCAAAUAGUUAAUGCUAUGCCUUUAACAGCAAGACAUUCAUUUGCAAAUAAAUCAUCUGGCCUCAUAAUUACCCGAAAAGGACCGAAAAGGUGUGCGCAAGGCAGGUGUUUCUGGCGCCAUGAAACUUCGGAUACAAAAUCACAUCACAAAGAGCUGGUGGAAUUAUACUGAGAUGACUGGAAGCCUUAUCUGUGGUGAGCGAGGACCAAUCAAUCUUUGAGGCACCCUUUCCCAGCACCCCCAGCAUGCACAUGAAGGGGGAGGUAACAUCCUCCAGUGGGUUCAGCCAGGCCGAGCACAGCCCCGAUCCCACUGAACCACAGUGGGUGGGUCCAGGACCACAGAACCCUGGGAGGAGAAGUGAACCGCUUAAUGGUACCAGUUGUGAGUCCCCUGUGGACUGUAGUGUGACCAAACGCUCCAGACACAUGAGCAGUAAUGAAGGCAGCGAACUGGCUUAUCAUCCCUCUUACACAGAGCCACGCACAAGCCCUCAAAUUGCUAGUCCUCCAAACAGUGCCACAGAAGAGAAGAGGGUCAUUGUGCCUGCAGACCCUGAGGUGUGGUCUCAGGACCAUGUGCGCCAGUGGUUGGACUGGGCCAUAAAGGAGUAUGGCCUUGAAGAGGUGGAUGUCAUGCUCUUCCACACGCUUGAUGGAAAAGCUCUCUGCAAAAUGACCAAAGAGGACAUGAUGCGUCUCACGUCCGCCUACAACACAGACAUCCUGCUGUCACACCUCAAUUACCUCCGGCAGAGUAGUCCUACUUUUUCAUAUGCUACAACUCCCACCAACACACCACAACAGCCAAGACUACAGGUCAAAGCAGAGAACAACUUUGAGGAGAUAAACAGGAGGAACAGCUGGCCAUCAAAUGCCAUAACUGCUGUACCAAAGGCUACUCAUAUGGAACACCAACACAGUGCCAGGGUCACAGAACCUCCCCAAAGAAUUGUUCAACAAGACCCUUACCAAGCAUUAGGCCCCAUCAGUAGUCGUCUAGCCAACCCAGAAGGCCAAUCCCUCGAACCCAAGAUCCGAACAGCUAAACACAGUUCUUUAAGGCUGCCUGACCCAAGCACUCACAGGCCUGUGGGCUCUGGUCAGAUCCAGCUGUGGCAAUUCCUGCUGGAGUUACUGUCAGACAGCAAUAACUCUUCCAUCAUCACAUGGGAGGGAACCAAUGGUGAGUUCAAGAUGACUGACCCGGACGAGGUUGCCAAGCGUUGGGGUGAGCGCAAGAGCAAGCCCAAUAUGAACUACGACAAGCUGAGUCGCGCACUGCGCUACUACUAUGACAAAAACAUAAUGACUAAAGUGCACGGAAAGCGUUAUGCAUACAAGUUCGACUUCCAGGGCAUAUCCCAGGCACACCAGAGCCAUGCUGGGGAGGGCACCAUCAUCAAAUACCAGGCGGAGCCUUAUGUGCAGUCCUAUCACAACCACCAGCCUAAAAUGAACUUCAUGAGUGGGCAUGCCGCACCUAUGCCUGUGUCAUCUGGGAACUUUUUUGGGACUCCAUCAACAUACUGGAACUCAACCAAUGGUCCCAUAUAUCAGGGCACACCCAUGCCCAGACACCCAGGGACUCAUUCCCACCUAAGCUCAUUCUACUGAGGACUGUUCAGGUAUCUUUUCCACUGGCCUUGUUUUGUAGCACUCAAAGCAUCGCCAGAAACGGGGAGAAACUGUUCUUGUGCAUGUAGCUUUCGGGAAAUUUAAGUUUGGUUAAGUCGAAGUUUCCAUAGCUGAAAAAGUCAUAUGAAAUCCAUCCAUAUACUGCUUGUUGGAAUGUUCUCUGACAUGAUCAAUGGAAAGGACAACUAUAAGCUUAUGCUGAUUUUUAAAUGAAAGGAUUAGCAGUGUAAAGAUUUCAAGAACAUGUACUUAAUAUUAAUCAAACAUGGACUGAAAGAUGUGACUCACUUGUCCAGUAACCACAUUCUUUUAUUAAACUGUAAGAGUGUAAUAUCAAUCCAAAAAGUUGUAAGUUACCAGUCAUCACUUGAGAUGUCUUGAAGUAGCAAAUAGUCUGUCUGUUCAAUACUUUUGAAAGGAUUUCUUUUAAUUAUCGUAUUAAUUGACGUAAAACCUUUAAUGUACAGAAUGUUUCAUAAGAUUGUAGCAAUAGGACUAUUAACCCAUAUACUGUAAUGGCAAUAAAAAAACAUUGAUAUUGGAA